UGGUGGAUGUUAUCAUGUGACCACAAAUCUUCCCCAGAAUACUACAGCUUCUACUGACGACCUUUCCUCUUAUUCAAUUUGACACAACAUGUCGUACAGAAGAGAGACUCUAAGAUGGCUGGACUAUUGCAAGUACGAGUAUGCCGACACGUUCUGUCGACUGGGAGAGGUCCUCCUCUCAUUCUCAAGCGGUGUGCUUCUCCUGGUCACCUUUGGAAGUAGCUAUUGGCUAGAACAAAAGCAAGCACACUCUGGAUUAUGGCAGAAAUGUUCCUCUGAUUGUGAGUCAUUGCCACUCACCACCGGCCCUGAUGCACCAGCUGAACUGCUGGUUGCUAGGACGUUCCUGUGUCUUGCCCUGGGAGCUGGUAUGCUGGCCUGGGUCAUCAGUAUUGUAGGACUGCUCCAGCACAGAGCAAGAUGGCUACUCAUCGCAGCAGUGUGCUAUGCCACACAAGCUGUUGUCAUGAUUCUUGGUCUUGCCUCGUACUCCAAGUCCUUCGACGGGACCUCCUCCCCUGGCUGGUCAUACAAUGUGGGCUGGGUGGCCUGUAUACUCUGUGUACUCUGCACCCUGUACUUUGUCUCUGUGGCCGUGUAUCGAAUCAAGAACCCCCCACCCUCUGGGGGUAGGAAAGAUCCGAAAUCGUAUGCCCCCCUCGCGCAGUUUGAGUCAACUGAGACUGAUGAUGAAAACCUUUAACUGUAUAGAUACUCCAUGUAAACCACAAACAUCUCAUUCCCCCCACAAACACACACACCUCAUUCCUCACACACCUCAUUGCCAUUCCUCACACACACACUUCAUUGCCAGUCACAAUCACCAUUCACGUACAAUUACAUGUAUAAUAGCCAAAUUGUUAUCCACUUUUCUGUGCAUUAAUUUCUGUUUUUAAACAGUCUAAAAAACAGUUUUCACAAGUUAA